AUGGUUAAGGGCCGGUUUUAUAACCUAGAAAUCACUUCGCUAGCUAGAGAAGCUAUUUAUUUCUACUACUUCUUCGCGUACGAAGGGGGAACUUAUUUAACCCUAAGGUUCGAUAAAAUUUGUGAAGAAAAUAAGUUAUUUUGCGGUGUUAAAACGAUAAAUCAUAUUAACAAACUUGAUUUCCUUAAAGCGUACCCCUUUACACAAAUUAAGGCUUUUAAAUCGGAGACUAUCAAAAAUAGCUUUAGAGUAGCUAGUUUAAUACCCUUUAUACCUAACCGAGUGAUUUCUAAGCUUAAUAUUCGGCUUCGAACGCCUACCCCCCCUAGCCGGGGGAGUGAUUAG